AUGGCUGCUGAACUGAUGAUUUCUGGGCACCCGAUGGAGCUAAUGGAUGGAGAUGCUGCUCAUGUUCCUCUGAUCUGGGUUACUGCUGUUCUAGAUGAGCUCAUCAAGAUAGUGGGAGAUAAAAGAGUCUUUGUGUUGUCUGUUUUGGGAAUCCAGAGCUCUGGCAAAUCCACCAUGCUGAACGCCAUGUUUGGACUCCAGUUUGCAGUCAGUGCUGGCAGGUGCACCAGAGGAGCUUUCAUGCAGCUGGUCAGAAUGUCAGAGGACAUGAAGGCAGAGCUGAAUUGUGACUACAUUCUGGUUGUGGACACUGAGGGACUGAAAGCUCUAGAAUUGGCUGGGAAGGCCACAGUGCACCAUGACAAUGAGCUUGCUACAUUUGUAGUUGGUCUUGGAAAUAUGACCUUGAUCAACAUCUUUGGAGAGAACCCCUCUGAGAUGCAGGACAUCCUUCAGAUAGUUGUUCAGGCUGUCCUGAGGAUGAAGAAAGUCAGGCUAUAUCCAGGCUGCAUAUUUGUGCAUCAGAAUGUGACAGAUAUCACAGCUGGAGAGAAAAACAUGGAUGGAAGGAGACGUUUGCAGGAGAAACUGGAUGAGAUGACAAAGUUGGCUGCCAAAGAGGAAGUGUGUGAUGCAGUGUGUUUCAGCGAUGUAAUUGCCUUUGACAUACAAAACGAUGUGAAAUACUUUGCACAGCUGUGGGAGGGCAGCCCACCCAUGGCCCCACCAAACCCAUCCUACAGUGAGAAUAUUCAAGAGCUGAAGAAAACGAUUCUUUCACAUUCUUCAAAAUCCAGUGGUUUCACACUGAACAAAUUAAAAACUCGCAUUAAAGAUCUGUGGGAUGCUCUGUUGAAUGAGGACUUUGUGUUCAGCUUCAAAAACACUCUGGAGAUUACAGCAUACAGGUCACUAGAGGAGGAGUAUGGGAAAUGGACCUGGAUUCUUAGAAGUGAAAUGCUGACAAUUGAGGACCAGCUGCUUACAACAAUUAACAACUACAGACUGCAUACUGUGGAUAAAGGUCUUCUUGUUGAAAAUAUCAGAGAGACCUUUACAAAUGUGCAAAAAGAAAUGAAUCAGUACUUUGAUAAUGACAAAUUAAAAGACACCUUGAUUCAGUGGAAGAUCCAUUUUGAACUAAAAAUAAAGGAAUUACAUAAAGACCUUGUGGAAAAGGUAACAACAAAAUUGAAUAAUGUCAUUUCACAAAGGAAUGCUCGUAAGAAGUUGGAUGAGAAGAAAGAUGACCAUGAGAAGAAGCUUUUUGAAGAAAGCAAAGAAUUAGCCUUGAAGCUAAAAAAGAAGGGAUUCAAUGAGGGGGAGAUGAAGAAAGCAUUUGACUCCAUGUGGAAAGAGUGGGUCUCCGAGUUGAAAGACAUCACCACUCCCAUCAGCGACAUCAACAUAAGAGACAAUAUGCUCAACAUCCUCUAUGAAAUCUUUGAACAUGGUUGA